ACGACCACUGUGGUGUAAUCCCCACUAAACGAACGGUUCGCUUAGACAAGCGUUGGUAGUAGUGUUUUGACACGGAAUACUGUGUACAGAUUAUAUACAUCAUUGUUAAUGGAAACCAGGACUAGAAAAUAGCCACUGUGACGUAAUCAGGGUGUCUACUAGUCAGGAGGAGAGUUUUGUUCGUUGUUUGUUCACUGGGACUAUUACACAUUAAACCUCUCAGAAAAACGUGUUCGAAAUGAACCGUGAGUAAGAGAAAUGAUGUAUUUCGUAAGAAAGUUUGUAGUCACUGCGUUGUGUGUUAAGUACUAAUGAAUGAGGCGUGCGUUCGAUAUGGCCUACUCAUCAUGACCAUAAGGCGUGUUCGAUUGGAAUAUUACAGCUUUCAACGAGAAAAGGUGCGUUCGAUACGGACUAUUAAGAAUUGACUAAUGUAAGUGUAUAUGGCCGCUUACUGUGAUGCAAUCUGCCAUACAUUACACGUCCGUAAGUCUGUGUCAGAUACACACGUACGGCUAUGCAGAACAGGGCUAUACGAAUUCAACUCAACUGGUGUGUGCUUGAGGUACAAGCCAAUCUACCGAUACGCCAUAUCACAAAUGGAGAUUUAUUCGGAUUUAUUCAUCUUUGAUUCUGAAACUUUACAGAAAGGUAACGAAUUCUGGUUGAGUGCAGUGUGAUUUGUGUCUGGUCCUAUGGAAGCACUGUGUGUAUCAUCACUGACCCAAACACACGUAAAUCGUAAUAUAUAUAUAUAAUAUAACUACAGAUUUCUAUACCAUAACUCAUCUUAAUCAUCAAUGUUAUUCGCGUGCUGUUUGCCAAGAAUGAGUUAAUUUGAUAUAACAGUUUUACAUAUAUAAUUAACACGUCAGCUUUACCGCACGUGGAAAUCGAGUCUCCUUUUAACAGGUAUAAUUAUAGAAAACAGAUACUGGUGUAAUUGCAUGUGUGUUUUUGUUGAAACCUUAACCCCGGGCCUCACUUACAAUCAAGCUUACCUUAGUUGAUCAGAAUAAGCUGACUGUCCUGUUCAGUGAUGACAAAGUCAUUGCUCUCUUUGGUGAAGACUUUACACGCGAGGUGUGCUUGGCCUGUAUCUGCUAAUGUGCAUUUGUUUAAUUCCAUGCCAUGCUUGUGUUUGUGGAUUCAUGUUACUCGGGAUCUGGGAGUGUGUCUAAUACCCUUAUACUCAACCCAUAUGUAUGGAACUUUACGUAGAGUGCACUUUCACAUUCCUGGAUUUCCCCUUUAUGUGUUUGCCGGGAUAAAAACCGAAGAAGUUCCGAAUGGAAUUCUGGAUGGACAGUAUCAUUGGUUCGGUCGGUCGGGUAGCUAACGUCAAGGUCCGUAACGAUGACGAUAUCGUGGAUCGUGUCAACCACUUCUACACAACAGGAAUCUUCAUCAUCUUCACAGUAGUGGUUAGUGCCCGACAGUAUGUUGGAGAUCCUAUCCGGUGUUGGUGUCCGGCUCAGUUUCCGAGCACCCACGUAGACUAUACAAACAAUAUAUGUUGGAUUUCCAAUACAUACUAUAUCCCAAUGAAGGACAUCGUGCCGCCCAUAGAACAACUGCACAUGCGCAAAGAGAAGGAACUGAACUAUUACCAGUGGGUUCCGGUAAUGCUUCUCGUACAGGCGUUACUAUUUUAUUGCCCGUGUAUCAUAUGGCGACUGAUGAAUGGAAACUCUGGGAUCAAUGUUGACAGAAUUGUGAGUUUGGCUGGAGAUGCGCAAUAUGAAAGUCCAGACAACCGGAUACGGACUAUCAAAUAUUUGGUCCGUCAUAUGGAUAGGUGCUUAGAUAAUCAAAGGGACACGCGCGGAUGGUGCUGCGUGACGUUACGUCAUAUCCUCUCUGCCAAAUUGUCACUUAUAUGUGGCAGAAGGUAUGGCAAUUACCUUGUUGCUAUAUAUCUCCUUAUAAAGGCCUUAUAUAUUGCAAAUUGCAUCGGUCAACUAUUCAUGCUCAACUCUUUCUUGGGAACGGAUUAUCAUGUAUAUGGAUUUCAAGUGAUGGAAGAACUCAUCGACGGGAAAGAGUGGUCAGCUUCGCACCGCUUUCCACGUGUCACGUUGUGUGACUUUCAAAUCCGCCAAAUUACAAAUGUUCAGCAAUAUACCGUCCAGUGUGUGCUACCGAUCAAUCUGUUUAAUGAGAAAAUCUACAUUUUCAUGUGGUUUUGGUUAGUAUUUGUAGCCAUUGUAACAUGUUACAGUUUUGCAAAUUGGAUUUGGCAUAUGAUGUUUCCAACAACACGUAUACAGUAUGUCAGGAAAUUUUUGAAACUGAUGGACAGACUUGGUACAGGUCCAGACCGGAAACUGGCUGGCCGUUUCGUGUUGGAGUAUCUAAGACAUGAUGGUGUGUUUACACUAAGGCUGAUAGGUAAAAAUUCGAGUGAUAUUGUUGUGGCAGAAAUCGUAGCAGGACUUUGGGACAUGUACCGGAGUAAGAAAUCCAUACAAAUUCGCUCCAAUCUAAACGGACAUGAGCCAGAAGGCGAGGACGUAUGACUAUGUAACGGAGGGUCGCACGUCGUGCAUGAGAGGGAUUACGGCACAGUAUAAAGGGAUGUUACUCGUCCCUAAAGGGACAUAACUCCAAUGUGACAUUAAGCCAAUAUAUCUGCAGUUGUUUCAACGGAAAAUUUAUUUCGUUUUCAUUGGAUAAGCAAUGUCGCUUAUCAUAUAAAAUUCAACUGGAAAGGAAAACAAGUACAUUUAUGAUGAUAUCGGUACCUUCCAUUAUUUGCUCCACGUAAUCAGCUGUCAUUUCUUGCAGGACUAACAAAUAUCGGAAUUCAGUAUGUUCCUGGCAAUGGAACCAUUGGGAUACCAGCACAGCUAUACUUGUCUUUAUUCAAACAUUAAGGCCAUACGCCGUCCUCUUAUAUGGUCUUUUGUCAAAGUUGGGAUUUAAAUGGAAUCCUUACUGUCGUGGAAUCAAUUAUAACAGCGUCAUGCCAAAUGUUUCGUCCAUUUUGAUACUACUGCAUAUUCAAUAGAAAUGUGGACAUACCCCCAGUUUUGGCCGCGUUUCUUGGAUUAGGGAUAUGUACGCAACAGCUGAGGUUUAGACCCUUUGUUUCGUGAUGGCUAUUCUAAUUUCGAUUGAGCUCAUUUAGUUCCUAAAAAGAUUCCAACCAAUGUGUUGAGCGCAAAACAAAACUUUUCGAACAGAUAUACAAUCUGCCUUCUUUGGAAUACUUUGAUCUGGAUUCAGGCCGAUUGUGUGGUUAGAUAGUACAUUGGAUCGAAUAUAUUGUUAGCUUCCUUACACUUAAACAUAAAUCUUAAAACACCCGCGAACAAAUGCAAGAUAAACAAAACAAAUUAGGAAAGUCCAUAAUUGUCCGAUACCAGUUUACAUACACUAAUAAGCUUUAUACAUGGGAACCUAGGAAAUUGACGCCCGUCCGUAUAUAAUACGCUGCCAAAUAUAGUGUGGACAACAGAAGUAUUUAGAACUACUGAAUUGGAGUACCACGUAGAUCCCUCUCAUGCCAACAUGGCGACUCUCCGUUAACCGGAAUUCUCAUCAAAUCAUUUGUAGAGCUUAGAUAUGUGUAUCGAGACCUGAGUUUUUAAAGGGGCAUUAUAGGUAUCAUUAAGUGACGAUCUUCAGACUUCUGAAUUCAAAUUAUUUGAAGUUAAAUAGCACACUAGAUUGCUCUUAUCACUCCAAAUACGGCGAAGUCAAAAUUAACAAGCAUCGUCGCUUUUCUCCAUUCACAUUUUGUGAGUGCGUCAUAGAAACUCAGACCUAGAUACACCUUUUACAUUUUGUAUAUAAACUCAGAAGCUCGCGAGAGUAGUACGCUUUUCAUUUAGUAUAAUCCCUUUGACAUAAGCCUGGGAUACUUCCCGUAAGUGUUCGGUUUAUUUCGUUGUGAUCCGGUAUAUUCCGUCGUGAUCCGGUAUAUAUCGGCAUAUUAUGUGGUUUAUUCCGAUGUACGAUCACCAACAUCAUACCAAUGGCCUAUGAACCAUUAUGUAUUUGUGAAAAUGAUACCAUUUCAUGUGUUUGUUUGGUGAUAUAAUGGAGGAAGAAUGACGAAACGCUGGACCAAAAAUACAAAAUCUUGGUCGUAUAUAGCCAAAAUACGGCAACGAAGAGCAGAACUUGCGUCUUCGUGUGUUAAUAAAAUAAUAUGAAGACAAUUGGAAUUACAAUUUCCUUUUCGGGAGUAGACUUACAAUGUCCUAUUAGAUGCCUGAGAAGUGCGAUGGACUUGGUCCAUGUCAUUUGUCUUAUCAGCUUGACCAAAGAAUGUUUUUGAAACAAGCAUGCUGUACCUUUUUAUUGAUUUCAAAUGUAUCAAGUAAUAACAUUGACGUUUUGCUUCAUUUUUAAAAUUUAUUUUUUUGUAAAACUUCAAUAUAUGAUUUUAGUAAUAGAAUAAAAGUACUUUAAAAUAAGAAAAAAAGAAACAGUUAAACAUCUAUAAAACCUUCACUGUUUCGUAUUACGACCUUCUGUGAUAACUGUUUGACAUGUUUAAUCGAUUUCUAUCAUCACAUGAACAUGAUCAAAAUGAAUAAUCGGUAACUUUUGGUAACUCGAUCAAUCCAACCCAAUUUUGUUUACUUAUUCACUUGUAUAACUUUUUCAUUCAUACAUAUUCUAUGCUUAAACUUGGGCUGUUAUUUGAUCCUUUACCUUAAGUUCAAUAAAUGCAUAGUAGACACUGAUGCAGUUUGAUACAUUUGUACAUGUAAAAAUUAAUUAAGAGUAUGUUUUGGAAAGAUCUCCAACACAAUUUUGUUUUGAGAAGAAAAAAUUUUUUCUUAUACUUUUAAUAAUUAUGUGAUUGGGGUUGCCAGUGUCUGCAUAUCAAACAGUACAUUUUUAGUAACUCCAUGGUGUUUAAAACUGAUCUAUGUAACUAUUUAAUUUCAAAAACGUGCACUUUGAUAUUGGUCAUGCAGCUGAACGUUCUAUAAAAUUAUAGAGUACAACUAUCAUUGACAUCAAAAGAAAACCAUCAAACUUAUUUUGGUUAGAUACACAGAGAAUAUGUAGUGUAUUUCAGCAAUUAGCAUUAAAUGUAAAUACAAAUUUUGAUCAAUGGAAUUCAAAAUAGUAUUUUGUUUUCUGCAAAAGUUUAAAUAAAGAAAAUUGUAAUGUUUGUAUUUUAAAAAAAAGAAAUAUAAUGUUUCGACUUUAUAUGUAUAUAAUUAUCAAAUUUAAUGGUUUGAAAAAUAUUAAGUCAUGUGCAACAGAUCCCAGUGGCCUAGAUAAUGAUAUGGAAAUCGAGAUAACUGUUGUAUGGGAUUAUUUUACACAACUGUAUGCCAAAGUUGUUGUAGACAAUUCCGUGAUCAUUCCAUGUUGUGAAUGGUACGAUGUACGUCAGUAUGAAUGUUAGUAUAUGAGACCUUAGUCGGGUGUUUAGUAUUACGAAUUAUUCACAACUUCACAUAUCAAAUAUGCAACUUUGAUAAAGAUCCAAUCGUUCUAAGAUGUAUAUAGCUGCAUGCAAAUUACAUUAUUAAUCGAAUCACGUGUUUUUCAUUAAUCAUUUUAUAUGCUGCAGAUAAAUUUAUCAUUUCUCAUUUGCCAACUGAAAUACAUUUAAAGGGAUGCAACUCCUGAUUAUGUAGCCUGGUAUAAUGAGCGAGCAGCCAAUAUUUUUGUGUUCUUCGUAGUGUACUUGUAGAAUCGGAAGUACAAUAUACCCAGUUCAAAAUACAGAAAUCAAGAAAAUUUGCAAACUUGUAUAAGUGCGUUAAUGUUGUUCUGUAUUUUAACUUCAAAAUGGAAAUUAGAUUUUUUAUGCAAGAUGUCUGAUGUUAAGAAACAAUCAAAUGUUUUUGUGUACAGUAUGGACUUAAUCAGAGAAGGCAAGGUAAACCCCGGAACUUACGGAUUUCAAAGUAGAUCUGUCAUAGGUCAUGCAAACGAAAAUUUGAUAUAGGAUGGCAUGAUGGGGUUUUAAUUUAGUAUAUUCUGUAUGCUGAAUGUAAAUGUGCAUCAUAAAGCUGGUUUAAAUUGAAAUGUUCCGAAUUUAUAAUACAUAGCUAGCAUGCUAAAACAGUUAAGUACACGACAUGGCAUGUAGCGGAAUUAACAGUCCUUCUUCAUGAUAAACUGCAUUAUAAAUUCAUAUAAAAAUCACCGAUUUUAAAGUAUUGCAAUGAAAACUGGACACUAUAUAUGGAUACUUUUCUGUAGGCGGUGUUGUUUGAUGUUGUUUGUUACAUUGCUUUCUAUUAUAUUACGUCUUCUGUUGUUUGUGAUAGUUAUUAAGUUAUCUGUUAGUUUUAUGUUAGAAUAAUUCUAUAACUGGUGGUACGAUGUAUAUCAGGCAUUGUUACAUAAGUAUUUACUUGAAAACACAGAUGGAUUUAUUUAUCAAUUCUGAUUGUUAGUGUUGUGAUUCAGAGUGAUACGAUAAACUAAUCACAAUAUCGUCUUUAUGUUUUUGUUUCAAUGUUAAAGCCGAUGAUAUAUUUCAUGUAAUUGGUAAGAGUAAUGUGAUUUGUACAUUGUUUUACAAUGGGUUUGUUUUACGUAUUUAUUUGACGUUUAUUAUAAUGUUAUAAUGUAUAUAUUAGUCUCAGUUGAAAAUGUUCAUUGCAUGACAGAUUAUUUCUAUAUAGUUAAUAUAAAACAGCUUUAUCAGCUUUUGUUAAUUUCUUUUUCUUGACCGUCUUUUUAAUUGAAAAUUACUUCAUUCAUGCCAAUUCGUUACACAAGUAAGUUCCUAUUUACACUUUACGGCCCAUCAACAGUGUAAGAUCAUUGGGGCCAAAAGAUAGCGUGCAAAAUUGGGCAGAAAACAGCAUCAAACUAACAAAAUAUGUCAUAUAUGUUGGGAACUUCACAUAUAUUAUUUUAACGACAAAUGUGACAAUGGUUGCUCAUAUCUUGUCGUGCAAACAGACAGCUUUUAGAUUUGUGUAUGUAUUAAAAGUUUUUGACUUGUUAUGCUGUUGUAGAAAUUUUAUCUUGCAGGUUGUAGAUCACCGUAAAGGGUUCAUUGCAUGCGAAACACAGUGGCUUGUUCUCACGCUUCAAUAAGUAAUAAUGUGUGGCUCAAAACGUAAAAGGACAACUUCGUCGCGACGAAUGUAGCUGUAGCAAGGAGACCAUUCACCGAAAUUUGCUGUAAUCGAGUGUUUCCCUUAUAUAGACGCCAUUUGUUUUGCCACUGUGAUUUUAAAAAGAAAGUUACACAAUCUAUAACGAGGUUGUCCAGUAUGGCCAUGGCCCAACAGAAUAAAACCUGAUUAUAAGUAUGUAAAAAUGACAGUAGGGUCAAUGUUGGCACUAAAUCAAAACUUACCUUUUUUGGUAUUUUGCAUGAAAGAAGCAAAAUGAUAACGACAAUGUAUGGCAGAUUAUUUUCUUGAAAUUUCGAGAUUACCGGCUAGGUUAUCAGAUUAAAUAUUGUAUUACAUAGAGCAAAUUAUGAAAAAAAGAUAAGCGAUAUGUAUAUAAAAAAAAAAUGUUUUCGGCAUUCAAAAAUGGUCGUUAGCUGUAUACCAAGAUAAAUAAUUGAACUUGAGGAUACGGUUUGGUUUUGUAUUGUUUAACAUCCAACCAAUAGCUACAGUCACUGAUGAUAAGAUUCAGAAUAACCUUUGACCCUUUUUAGUCUAUAUGAUAAAAAUUUAGCUUUUCUCGAAAUGAAAACGUUAAUGUUACAGUUAAAGUGUUGUGAGUUAGAUUUCUUGAUAAAUGUUUUGUUUGGGAAAAAAACAUUUGUGAUAUAUUUCCCCCUGCUUUUUAACUAUAUAUAGUGCAAAUUUACUAUUUAAUAUGUUCUAAAUAUAUGUUUAUUACAGAAACUUGAUGCUGUAUGAUAAAAAGGUGAUUUUUGACAGUGUCAUGUCCUUACCGAUUGAUACAUUUAUUCAAUAUUUCAGAAUAAUUAACACAAAAUAUCGCAAGAUUAUUAACAUUGUGAACACUAAUUUUGGCACAUAUCAUUAUGCGAAAAUUUCAUUGAUAUUGUCUAACACCAAUCACAGGUAUUCAGCAUCAAGACGUAUACCCAGUUAGACAAUGCAAUGUGAGUGUACGAGCGAUACAGUAUUUUUUUAAUUAUGUUAUAGACAAAACAAUAAAGAUAUAGACUGAUAAGUACAAGUGUGACAGCGCAUUGUUCAUACAAGAUAGUAUUUUACAAGGAAUCAUGUUUUGUGUUUGGCUGCCACGGCGAUGUUUUAAGUUACACAUACGAAAAAUAUUGGCAUGUUUUGAAACUAUUCAUGAUGUCGACAUAUCAUCUGAGACAUUUUAAUGAAAUCCCACCUUGUCUUGACUUUGAAUGAAUCAUUGCAUGCUGAUUCUGAAAAGAUCUCGCCAUGUAUUUAAGCACAAUUUUGCAUUUUUUAAUUACACAAGACUGAUUUCUUAUUAAUUCACUUCCAUGUACAUGUAACUUAACUGCACGAUAUAACAAAUUAAAUAUGGAGAUAACUGUAUCACUGCAGUGUAUAUCGGUCUUCAUGAUGCUAAUAUCUUUAUCAUUUUAACAACAUGUGUAUUAUGGGAAAUGUCUUGAAGAUGCCAAAACAUAAUGAUACAGUAUAGAUCACAUGCCAGUGUUGGAGAAUAUCGUCUCGGUUAUUAAUAUUCUAUUGUUUUAUUGUUAACUGGUUAGACAAUUGCAUUACUUAAAAAUACGUCGGCUAUAGACUGUUAUUAAGUUCGCAUUAUUAUGUAUAAUUUAACAGAGUAUUCUUUUUCUAAAUCAGUCUAAUGUAUCAUUUUCGACUUAUAUAUCAUAUGUGUAAUUAGUGAUUGAUAAUUAUAUGUAUAUAGGUCGCUGAUGUUAUUUUGCAUCAUCACUGUAGUACAUAUGAAUUCCUUGUAAAUACAUCAAUAUCAUAUCCCUAAUCAAACUCCACUCAAAUAUAAAUCACCUUCACAUAUUAAAACACUAAUGAUUUUGUAUGAUACUUCCAAGUUUACCCGAUGCCGAUUCAUUCUCUUGUUUUACUAGGAGAAAACACUGCAUGCGAUUGGCGAGAAUGUAUGCGUGAAUCACGCUCGUGUGUUUACAUGUGUGCCCAUACAUGUACGUGUGUAGUUGUUGAAUAAGGCGGAAGUCCAGGUUUGUACAGUACGUAUCCUGGUUUUUGUAUGUUUGUGAGUACCUAGUGGUUGUAUGAGAUUUCGUAUAUCCUUUCUCAUCUCUUUCUACAGUGUAUCAAAUAUUGUUCAUUUAUUGUUUGUAUAUAUGAUGCAUUUUGGAGUUGAAUGGGUAAUAAAGUUUUAAAUUAUUUAUUUAUAUUUA